AACAUUCUGCAAAAUUACAGCGUUAUAAUUUAUUCUAUACAUCGAAACCUCAUUCGACAAAAAGAAGCAUGCCGAGUUGAAGUGCCGACUUCUUGUUUUCUCUGUGAUAUUUUAAUCUGACAAAUUUAAAAUGCUUAAAUCAAAUUCGAGAAUUUUGAAUAGAAUUAAUCUUAAGUCAGCAGGAUGCUUAUGUUCAAUGAGAAACAUUAUGAAAAAACCAGUUACUAAGCUGCCAAAUCAAUCAACGAAAGGCACAAAAAUGAAAAGAUAUGAAGUUCCACCACAUAGAAUUGGAGUAUUGAAAAGUUGGGAUUCAAGACACACUGGUGGUCUCAAGGGAAGUUAUUGGGCUGCCGAACGUUUUGCUGAUGAUAUUAUGAUUACAAAACUUAUUGAAGGCACGUUCUACGAUCGAAUCACGUCGGAUGUGAUCAUAAAGAGACGUUUGAAUGAAAUUGUAAUUUGUUUUUUUGUCACUGGAAGAGGUCAAGAAGGAACUACAGCUAAAGUUUACUUUUUGAAAGCCUUCACUGAGAAGCUGUUAUCGGAAAUGAUGGGCUGUAUUGUGAAAAUUGAGUUGAGGACUGGGCCAGAGUUUGUUUGACUAUAAAUAUUGUAAAUAUUUUGCAUGUAAUGCAAUGUAAUUGUUUUUUCUGAAUAGAGAUCCAUUUAAUUAUUA